GGAGCGAAGCGUGCUGUCUGGGUAGCUGUCUUGAUUUUGAACUCGCCUCUGAGUUUUCUGUGUUUUUUCCCCGGGUGCCGCUAUGGGGGGAAGCGGGAGCACCCAAGGCAGCAGGAAGGUGUCCUUCGAGCUGGACGAGCAAGAGCAAGUGCGGGUGCUGCAGGGCAUCAGACUUUCUGAAGAUGUAGUAAAUAGAAUGAAGGAAAAAAGCCAACCUAAACAAGACCAGCAAUCUCAAGAAAAAUCUAAGGUGUUCACAGGGAUCUGUCCACCUACCACAGAAAGUUUUGGUCAAAAGCCUUCUGAAGCAAAGGAGGAACUGUAUAAGAGGUAUGAUGUUUAA